AUGCCAGUGAUCACGUUCAAAGUGAAUCCGGAACACGCAAAGAUGACGGAGCUUGUCCCGAGUCUCUUCAUUUGUGGCCAGUUCUCAAAUUGUUUACUACUUAUACAAUAUUUCCUGUAUUGUCCUGUUCCAUCAGUAAUGUUGAGCUUACAGGUUCCGAAUCUAAAAAACCUCGCAAAUAUCCAGCGCACAAAGCUUUGGCUUGACGAUACACCACAAACAUAUAUUUAUCCACAUCUCGAGCUGCAGAGCGAUCAAAUUCGUGCAAUAAUCGCCGACGGAGGCAAAGUUUUGGUGCACUGCGUCGCGGGAGUUUCUCGCUCAGCAUCCAUCUGUCUGGCUUAUCUCACGAAAUACAGUUGUCGGACACUGCGCGAAGCUUACCAUCUAAUGGCUAACAAAAGGCCAUUGGUGAGGCCUAACCUCGGUUUCUGGAGGCAGCUUAUUGCUUUUGAGCAGGUGAGCAGAUACAGCAACAGAAUAUCCUAA